UGAGCACGCCAUUUUCUCUGUUCGCCUAGGGAACAGAGUGUGCUGUCCUCUUUGGUUGUCGGAUACAUUUCUCGAAAAACCGGUAGAUUAAAACCAUGGGACGAAAGAAGAAGAAGCAGAUGAAGCCGUGGUGCUGGUACUGCAACAGAGACUUCGACGAUGAAAAAAUUCUCAUCCAGCACCAGAAGGCAAAGCAUUUCAAAUGUCACAUAUGCCACAAGAAGUUAUACACAGGUCCAGGUUUAGCCAUCCACUGUAUGCAGGUGCACAAAGAAACCAUAGAUGGGGUCCCCAACGCCAUACCCGGGAGGACAGACAUUGAAUUGGAAAUCUAUGGCAUGGAAGGUAUCCCAGAGAAGGACAUGGAAGAGAGGAGGAGAGUGCUUGAACAGAAAACACAAGCUGAGAGUCAGAAGAAGAAACAGAACAACCAGGAGGACUCUGACGAGUAUGAAGAUGACGAAGAGGCGGGCCCUUCUUUCCAGCAGCCGGCCAUGCAGCCCCAGACAAGCUUCAUCCCCCCUAUGACCCAACCUGGGAUGCCCCCGGUGCCCGGGGGUCCCGGCAUGCCUCCAGGGAGCUUCACAGGGAUGCCUCCCAUGAUGCCUGGCGUUCCUCCCAUGAUGCCAGGGAUGCCCCCGGUGAUGCCAGGCAUGCCACCAGGCAUGAUGCCAAUGGGUGGGAUGAUGCCCCCUGGACCAGGAAUGCCCCCGAUGAUGCCAGGCAUGCCACCAGGUAUGCCCCCUCCAGUGGGACAUCGUCCAGGCAUGUCUCACAUGGCUCAAGCCCCGCCCGUUACUGCGCCUGGCAUGCUGAACAGGCCGGCUGUACCCGCGGCGACCGCACCAGCGCCCCAGCCCGCCGUCACCAAGCCGCUGUUCCCCAGUGCAGGACAGGCUCAGCAGGCAGUGUCCGGUCCAGUUGGCACAGAUUUCAAACCUCUGAGCACACCUGCCACAUCUUCAGACCCUCCUAAAGCAACAUUCCCAGCUUACACCCAGUCUACUGCCUCGACCACUAACCCCUCCAGUAGCACUGUAUCCAAACCCCCCGCUACUGUGACAAGUAAGCCUGCCACCCUCACUACAACGAGUGCAACCAGUAAGUUGAUCCACCCUGAUGAGGAUAUCUCACUGGAGGAAAGACGGGCACAGUUGCCCAGAUACCAGCGGAAUAUUCCCAGGCCGGGACAGGCCCAUAUGGCCGUCCCGCCGGUGGGCCCAAUGGGGGGCAUGAUGCCCCCUCAGCAGGGUAUGCCUCCUCAGCAGCCCGGGAUGAGGCAUCCCAUGCAUGGGCAAUAUGGCGCUCCGCCUCAGGGAAUGCCUGGCUAUAUGCCAGGAGGAAUGCCUCCGUACGGACAGGGGCCUCCGAUGGUCCCACCUUUUCAGGGGGGACCCCCCAGGCCGCCCAUGGGAAUGAGACCUCCCGUAAUGUCUCAGGGAGGUCGAUACUGAAGCGCAACCGUCAUCUCUCAAUAGGUUUGGAGAUUAAACCUUUUCUCAUCUUUUUUUUUUUUUUUUUUAAAGUAGCCAAGCCAAUAACAGUAAGUCAAGUGAGGAAGAAAAAAAUUGCGACGCACGGGACAUUCUCGAUUUACAUAACGUUCUGUUUAAACGAACACCAACUGUUGUUGCAAUUGAUACUGUGUGGCUUUUUUUUCUCAUGUUCCAUUUAGGUUUUUAGAAGUGAAGUUUAGUAAAUAUGGUUCGUAAUGUUUUGAAGGCGCUGGAGUAACAUGAACGUACCACGUUUAUCAAGGCAAGUUUCUGUAAAUACCGUUAUUCUACUGAACAGUGAGGCCUUCGCAGCACUCUAGGUGCUGUUGGACUUUGUGUCCCCAGCUUUGCUUGGUGAGGGCUUCAGAUAACUAUUCCAACCUUUUGUGUCUAGCUUUGUUGCAGGUUUAAUCUAAGGCCACAAAAAGUAAAUUAAGUCAAUGAUUUCUGUACUGUUGUAAAGAAUGAUUGUAAUAAAACCUGAUGAAAACUUGAGGCUGUUUUUUCAUGACCGGGGCAAGGAUCUCUUCAUUAAGGUUUGUACAUGUGCUGGAUUUAUGGAACUGUGACUGUAAAGACCUGUUCUACUCGGUAUGGAGGUUUCUCGUAACAGACCUAAGAGUAGGCCCAGAGGGCAAGAGCAGUGUGCGGGCUGUUGUAGGCUGCUGCUGCCACCUCCUGCAAGAAAGCAUUCUCUUUCAAAACAAAGCACAUUUUCAUCUUUUUUUAGUAUUUGUUAGGAGUAUUACGCAGAACAAUUCCUCAUAAUGGUAGCACUCAGCCUCAAGAUAUUGCAUUACUCUGGCUGCUGUUUCCGUCCACUGUAAUGGCUACCCUGCCAUAUUGUGAGAUCAACUGUGUUGGCAGCAGUAGUAUUUACAUGUAAUUCCAAUGACCCUGCCAGCUGUGUACAUAUGUUUUCUUUUCUCAUCUCCCCCAUUGUAACUGCAGAUUUCAUUCCUUUCACAUACUAAGAGUGAUUUUGGGGAAACCUCCAUAAAAGGGUAACCAUUAUGACUGCCUUGAAUGUAUACUUGGAUUAGAUAUUAUGGUCAGAGUUCUGUAAAUGGACCGUUGCUUUCAGAAAGUGGUUUCAGAAGCACAUGCGCUGGAAUGUGUAUGAAAUCACCUACCGCUGUUUGACGUUCCAGUACAAUUGAAUGGAUACUUGGUCAUCCACAUUGAGACAUGGUCACCCUGAUUGCAGCUGGCUGUGCUGCGAUUUGGAAUUGGUACCAGAACUUUUACGAUACGUUUCAACUCUGGCGGCCCGAAAUCAAUUUUGAGCCACCUAUGGUUAAUCCAGUGGUGUGUAGAAGAAGCCUGGUCCAUUUUUUUGUUCAAUUUCUCAUUUAUAAUUGUCCUUAUGAUUUAUCAGGGUUUGAUUUUUGAAUUUGGAUGUUGCCAAUGACCACAAUGUUUAGAUUUGCACGUGGUAAAAUACCUGUAUACCUGUUAAAUGUUUCAUUUAAUGUCAAAAGUGCUGUUUUAGAGCUGCUUGUCAUUGUCACUAUACUUCAGAGAGUUAGUUUAAAACAUAGCUUGCAUUUACAAGGGGGCACCUAUCAAAGAACAUUCAAAAAGGCCCCUCAGUCCAAAUCGGAUGGCUGUAAACCUGCUCAAUAUUUGAAGGGCCAAGUUGUAUAUGAUUUUGGUUGGCAGGAGAAAAUGAUUAGCAGUUACGUGCUUUUAAAAAGCCUAUGUAAGUAGGAAAACAAAUAGGCCACUGAGGUUUAAACUCUGGCACUAAAUGUGCUUCUCAGAAGUACCCCAAACCAAAUGAUCAGCCAAAUCUUUGGACACAUUUAAUUUUUCUCCAGUUUGAGAGAAUUUGUAAAUUGCAUUUUUGGUUGUGUGGUGCUACCACGAGUGGUUCAGCCAAGUAGCUUUGAGCAGCACUAUAGGGACGUUAAAUGCAUGUGUAUUGGUGAAGGAGAAUUUGGCUGUUCUGCUAAAAUGAGGAUUUCUC